UGCCUUUCUAGUUGACGUAUUGGCCGCGUGGCGGCGCUCCCUUUCACUCUCUUCAAGAAGGAUCUUCGUCGAUACUGCACGGGAAGAUCCCGCUCUUAGAAUAAAUCAUGGCGACAAUGUGUGCUCGCCCCAUGGUGAGCGUCCAUGUGGAUGGGGCGCCAUCUGGAGCGAGUGUGGCUCUUCCAGCUGUCUUUAGGGCCCCAAUUAGGCCAGAUGUUGUGAACUUCGUUCAUGAUCAGAUGUCCAAGAAUGCAAGGCAGCCCUAUGCUGUCAGUGCUGAUGCAGGUCACCAGACAUCUGCUGAAUCCUGGGGAACUGGUCGUGCCGUUGCCCGUAUUCCACGUGUCCGUGGUGGAGGUACCCAUCGAUCUGGUCAGGGUGCUUUCGGAAACAUGUGCCGUGGAGGCCGCAUGUUUGCCCCCACCAAGAUCUGGCGCCGCUGGCACCGCAGGAUCAAUGUCAACCAGAAGCGUUAUGCUAUGUGCUCUGCUAUUGCAGCAUCCUCCAGCCCAGCUCUUGUGAUGUCUAAGGGUCAUUUGAUCCAAGAGACUCCUGAAAUCCCAUUAGUUGUCACUGACAAGGUUCAGGAGAUCAGCACCACCAAGGAAGCUGUAAUGAUGCUGAAAAAGAACAAGAUUUGGUCAGACAUUCUCAAGGUUUACAAAAGCAAGAGAUUCCGUGCUGGUAAGGGUAAGAUGCGCAACCGCCGUCGUAUCCAGCGUAGGGGCCCUUUGAUCAUCUACAACAAGGAUCAGGGACUGACCAGAGCAUUCCGUAACAUCCCAGGUGUAGACACCAUUUGUGUCAACAAGCUCAAUCUCUUGAAGCUUGCUCCUGGUGGACAUGUAGGCAGAUUCUGUAUCUGGACUGAGUCAGCAUUCCGCAAACUCAAUUCCUUGUACGGUACAUGGCAGAAGAAAUCUACUAUGAAAAGGAAUUAUAACCUACCCAUGCCAAAAAUGACUAACACAGACUUAGCAAGGCUUCUCAAGAGCCGAGAAAUUUUGGCUGUUGUUAGGGAUCCCAAGAAGACCAUUGAACGCCGCAAGGUUAGGCUGAACCCAUUGAGAAACCGCCAAGCAAUGCAACACCUUAAUCCUUAUGCUAAAGUUGCCAGAGCUGCGGCCCUUGCUAAAGAGCAGAAGGACAUAGAAGUUAAAAAUGCAAUUUUAGCCGAAAAGAAGGCAAAGAGGGAAGCCGCGGAAGCAGCUAAGGCACCCGCCAAGAAGAAGCAAGCUACCAAAAAGGCACCUGCAAAGAAAUAGAAAUUUCAUUAUACAAAUAGGUUUUAUGAUUGUAAUAAAACCUAUGUAAUGAUAGUGUAUUUGCUUCCUACCCAGUAGAGUCCUGUUUGAAGGCUGAAGUAAAGUGCACUAUCCAUUUAAAAAGGGGAAAAGGGGGGGGAGGGGGAUUGGCAAGAUAGAUUAGCUAGUGGGCACUGAAUUCUUUGUCCAUAUGACUUGGCUUUUAGUUAACGUAUCUGCCAAUAUGUUUAAGGGGGCCUGACGGUGGAUAAGCCUUCAAGUGUUAUUAACAGCUCAUUAAAUACUUCAUGACA